AGUGCUCCCAAGUCUAGGCGAGUCUGAGCCAGAAGCCUGCGCCCUGGAGGUGAGACCGCCCCAGGUGGUCCAGGGGUUGAGAGGAGAGCGGCCUGACGGACAGUCCAGCUCCUCGCACCCUGAGCUGCGGCCCCCCCGGGGUGCCCGGAGCUUUCUUCUGUCCUUUGGUUUCAGCUGUUGGCCGGGAGGAGGGAAGAGCCCCCCAGGAGAGGAACCUGCCCCUCCCGAGGGACAGAAGAGCAGAGAGGAGAUCAUGGCCCCCGCCCCCCCCAGGGCGGGCCACCCCCAGGGCUCAGUGACAUUCAAGGAUGUGGCUGUGGACUUCACCUGGGAGGAGUGGGGCUACCUGGACACUUCCCAGAAGGAGCUUUACUGGGAGGUGAUGCUGGAGAACUACAAGAACCUGGUCAGCCUGGGCUUUGUGGUUGCCAAACCAGAUGUGAUUUCUCAGCUGGAGCAAGGGGAGGUACCUUGGAUACCCAAAGGUCUAUUCCCAAGAGGCAGCUGUCCAGAUUUUGACACUAGGCCUCAGACCAAGGAAUCAACUUUGGAGCUGGAUAUUUCUAUGGAAGAAUCAUCUAAGAAAGGACUCUCAAGAGAUGUUAAUUGGAUUUUGACGUUAGGAAGUAUCUGGGAAUGUUAUGCUACGUUAAAGGAGGAGGAGAGCAAUGAGAAUGAACAUUUCAGACAAGAAAAAAUCACCAAAGAAAAAUCCCACCGUGAAGUGAGUGACUCUCAAUAUAAUAAAAAUGGCAGAAGAUCUAAUCUAGAGUCACCUUUUUUCCCACAGAAGAGAUUAUUGUUAAGAAAUCAUCUUCUUCAUAAAUAUGAGAGAUGGAGAAAGAGCUUCAGAAAGUAUUCAGAUAUUAAACAGUAUAAUAGGAUCUGUUUAGAGAAGAUAUUUUCUAAUGAUAAGUGUCAGAAAUCCUUUAGUUAUAAUUUUGAUUAUAUUGAAAAACAUAGAAUUCAUAAUGGAAAUAAACAUGAAUGCAAUGAAUGUGAGAAGUCUUUCCUCCAGGACACGGAACUUAUUCUACACCAGAAAAUUCACAGAGUAGAAAAGAUUUAUGAAUGUACUGAAUGUGGAAAGUCCUUCCAACAGAGCACACAUCUUAGGAAACAUCAAAAAAUUCAUAAAUGUGAGAAGGCCUUCCACCCGAAUUCAUACCUUAAAAAACAUCAGAUAAUUCAUACUGGAGAGAAACAUUAUGAGUGCAAUAAUUGUGAAAAAACCUUCCUGUGCCCCACUGAACUUACUCAACACCAGAGAACACAUACUGAAGAAAAACCUUAUGUAUGUAAUGAGUGUGGGAAGACCUUCCACUAUAGAUCACAUUUUACUGACCAUCAGAGAAUUCACACUAAAGAGAAACCAUAUGUAUGUAAUGAAUGUGGGAAGGCCUUCCAUCAGAAUUCAUACCUUCGAAGACAUCAAAGAAUUCAUACUGGAGAAAAACAUUCAUGUAAUGAGUGUGGGAAAGCCUUCCUACGGAUCACUGAACUUACCCAACACCAGAGAACACAUACAGGAGAAAAACCUUAUGAAUGCAAUGAAUGUGGAAAGACCUUCCAUCAGAAUUCAUACCUUCGAAGACAUCAGAGAAUUCAUACUGGAGAGAAACCUUAUGCAUGUAAUGAAUGUGGGAAGGCCUUCCUCCGGUCCCCUGAACUUACCCAACACCAGAGAACACAUACGGGAGAAAAACCAUAUGAAUGCAAUGAAUGUGGAAAAACCUUCCGCUGUAAAUCACACCUUACUGAUCAUCAGAGAAUCCAUACUAGAGAGAAACCUUAUGUAUGUAAUGAAUGUGGGAAGGCCUUUCUCAGGAGUACUAAUCUUAGUCAGCACCAGAGAACUCAUACUGGAGAAAAACCAUACGAAUGUAGUGAAUGUGGAAAGGCCUUUGGUCAGAAGGCACAUCUUACUCAUCAUCAUAGAAUUCAUACUGGAGAGAAACCUUAUGAAUGCAAUAAAUGUGGGAAGGCCUUCCGCCAGAAUUCAUACCUAAGAAGACAUUUGAGAAUUCAUACUGGAGAGAAACCUUAUGUAUGUAAUGAGUGUGGGAAGGGCUUCCUCCGGGCCAGUGAACUUAGUCAACACCAUAGAACACAUACAGGAGAAAAACCAUAUGAAUGCAGUGAAUGUGGGAAAACUUUUGGUCAAAAGGCAAAACUUCUGCAACAUCAUAGAAUUCAUACUGGAGAGAAACCUUAUGUAUGUAAUGAAUGUGGGAAGGCCUUCAUCCGGAGCACUAAUCUCAAUCAGCACCAGAAAACUCAUACUGGAGAAAGACCUUAUCAGUGUAAUGAAUGUGGGAAGGCUUUCUGUCAGAGGGCAGAUCUUACUCAACAUAAUAGGACUCAUACUGGAGAGAAACCUUAUGUAUGCAGUGAAUGUGGUAAGGCUUUUUGUCAGAAGGCAGCUCUUACUCAGCAUAAGAGAAUUCAUACUGGAGAGAAACCUUAUGUAUGCAGUGACUGUGGGAAGGCCUUCCACUGGAGCACAGUGCUUGUGCAACAUCGGAGAACCCAUACUGGAGAGAAACCUUUUGAAUGCAGUGAAUGUGGGAAGUCCUUCAGUCAGAGGGCAAAACUUAUUAGACAUCAGCGAUUUCACACUGGAGAGAAACCAUAUAAAUGUUUAGAAUGUGGUAAGGCCUUUUGUCAGAAAGCAGAUCUUACUUUACAUAAUAGGAUUCAUACUGGUGAGAAACCUUAUAAAUGCAAUGAAUGUGGAAAGACCUUUCGCUAUAACUCACACCUUACCCAACAUCAGAAUACUCAUACAGGAGAAAAACCUUAUAAAUGUAAUGAAUGUGGAAAGGCCUUCUUCUGGAGAACAGCCCUUAAUCAGCAUCGACAAAUUCAUGCAGGGGAGAAAACGGGUUAAUGUAAUGAAUGUAGAUGAAUUCAUUUUCUAGAAGCACAUAGAAUAUUUUAUAUUAGAGAAUUUAUAUAGGCCAGAAUAUGGAAAGCCUCAGCAAGAGACUCAAAAUUACUGAAUAUCAGACAGUUCAUUCUAGAGAGUACCUAUUUGAAUGUAAUGAUUGAGUUAAGGCUUAUCUCCAGAAAUAAAAAGCCCUGCUAAAUAUCAUAUCUAAUGCCAGAGAGAAACUAUAUGAAUGUCUAGCAGUUGGGAAUCCCAUCUGUAAAUAGUGGUGAAGUAGGAAGAGGUACUUGAGGAGAAUGUUAGUAUAGAAUGAAGCAUGCCCUUUCUAUUAUGACCAAAGUAUUAAUUUCUUUUGCUUGACUUUAUUUAUUGUUAUCUAGGAGAGCCCUGUUGGGGAGAGGUAGGUGAGUGGGAAGUGAUAGCAGUAUUUUUUAAACCUCAAUAUAACAGAAAGCAAAUCUUUCAUCCAAAUCACACAACUCGUAAACAUCAUGCAUACAUUCUGGCAAAGAUAAAGAGAAGCAGACUAGCAUCCAGUAAAACUGAGUUUAGAACUAGUUGAAUGGCUGUGCCCAAAAAAUACUCAGUAUUGGUUUUACUAGGUGGCCUCUAUGUAAGUGCCUUAGGGAUCAGUUCUUGGACUUACGCUGUUUUACCAUUUUUAUAAAUGACUCAUAUAGGGGCAGCUAGGUGGCAUAGUGGAUAAAGCACUGGCCCUGGAUUCAGGAGUACCUGAGUUCAAAUCUGGCCUCAGACACUUGACACUAGCUGUGUGACUCUGGGCAAAUCACCAACCCUCAUUGCCCUGCAAUAAUAAUAAUAAUUAUUAUUAUUAUUCAUAUAAAGGCAUGGAUAAUAUGCUUUUUGUAGAUAACACAGGACUGGCAAGAGUAACUAACAUAUUGGAUGAUAUUUAAGAUAUGAAAGAACCUUGAUGGACUAGAAUAUUGAACUAAAUAUAAAAUUAAAAGAAUGAUAGUGAUGCUGUUAUACUUGGGCUCUACUGGUCAAGUCCCAAGUACAAGGUAGGAGAAGAAUAGGUAGAAAAUUGUUUCUAAAAAACAUGAUUUCCAAAUGACCAGGAUAAUAACAUCUAGUAUUAGAGGGACUGUAGAAUUAAUUAUUGAUAGAGGUGUGAAUUGGUCCAACCAUUUGGGAAAAUAAUGUGAAAUUUGCAAAACCUGCCACUGACCUAUUUAUAUGUCUGGUUGCAAUCGCACUUCUGUUCACAAAGUCCAGGAAGUCAAAGACAUUAAGAAAGGUCCCUAACCUAAACCAAAAUACCCAUUUUUGUGGUAGCAUAUAUGUCAAGUGCAGCAGGUGCCUAUUGCCUGGGGAAUGAAUGAGCAAAUUUGGGCCUAUUCAUGUAAAUGAUAGAUUAUUGUACCACAAGAAAUGAAAGAUAUGAAGAAUUUAGAGAAGCAGAGAGAUGCAUAUGAAGUUACAUAAACUGAAGAAAGCAGAUCCAGGAGAACAGUCUGUACAUUGACUACAAUAAUGUGAAUGAAAGCAGUGCUGAAAAGCAGGAAAACUAAAUUGCAAUCAGCGAAUAAGCAGUUAUGCAGCUACCCAGCCAUUGUGCUAAGGUUUUUUUGUUUCUCUAAUGUUAUCAUGUGACCUUUUAUAUCUUGGUCCUCCAUCUAUUUGGAGCUUAGUUUAGCAUAAAGUGUUUGCUGUUGGUCUAAACCUAAUUUCUCUCAGACAGCUGUUCAGGCUAGUGAAUCCUUAUUCCAGUAGUUGGGGUCUGUGUGUGUAUCAACUACUAAGGUAAUAGGUCCAUUUUCCUCAGUGUUUUGCCAGAUUUGUCCCUCUAGUUGAUUUAUUUUUGGCCAGUACAAAACUUGAGAAUUACUGUUCUAUAGUUUAGUUUUAAAUCUGGUACCAUUGUACUCUAUUUCUACUUCUUUUCAUUAUUUCCCUUGAGAUUCUUGACUUUUUUUU